GAUUCAGAUCAGCUCUGACGUUCGGUCAAGUUGUGAGUCGAACUUGUGUUCGCAUCGAUUAAGCCAGUGAAUUUCUACGAGGUUAUUGUUGCUGCAAAGUAUUACAUCAUGGUGCGCUUGAUGCUGUACCCGCUCUUCAGCGACGUGGAAGACCUGUUCUCUCCUCUCAAUGUUCUGGACCAGCUGAGCGACGCGAUGCGGUCCGCUGUGCGUCAGGCGGACAAGAAAACGAAGCCGACGACUUCGGAUCGCAGUUGCCUGUGUCUCCGUGGCUCCGCGAACUCCGGCAGCCCUCGAAAGCGUGGGCUGAGCCUCGGUGAAGAAGACACGUCGCGAAGCGAUUCACCGGACGACUCCAAGUUCGUCGUGAACUGCAACGUCCGCGGCUACAAGCCUGAGGAGAUCUCCGUCAAGGCGGUCGACGACUGGAUCGAGGUGAGCGCGAAGCACGAGGAAGAGAGCGAGGACGGCUACGUGAAGCGCCAGUUUACCCGGCGGUUCACCCUGCCCGAAGGAGUCAAAGCCGAGACGGUCACCUGCGCCCUGUCGUCGUCCGGCGUGCUGGCCAUCGAAGCGCCCAAGCCGGAGCCUCCCAGCAAGAAGCCGAGGACGAUUCCGAUCGCAGUCGAGUCGUCGAAGCCGAUCGCGGCGGCGGAUCAGAAGGAGGCUGAAAAACCGGAAGAAGGCACCGCCGAAGCUGCACCGGCAUCGUGAAGAGAACAUUCCUGCAUUUUGUAUAUUGUUGCCAUCCUUAGGAUCAUGUCUUUCUGUUCGCAAAGUGCGUCCAAUACAUUCUGCAACUUCACCCUCACGUAUAUUGCAAAGUAAAAUAAACGGGUAUUUU